AGGGAUGGCCGAUGAUGGAGAAGCAACAGAUGCAGAAUCUGUUACGUAUCCCCUCACGGUGCAGUACUGUGGAGUAUGUAGUAUGCCGCUUGAAUAUUGUGAGUAUAGUGGGAUGACUGAUAAAUGUUUGAGUUGGUUAGAAGCUAACUUACCGUCCGAAUUUGAGAAGUUGAAUUUGGGGAAUCGGAAGGAAUCAACGGAUGCCGAAAAAAAACAUCAGAAACGAGGUGGCAAGGGUUCUAAGAUUGUAAGCGAAAAAAAUGCGGCAGUGAAGAAGGAUGUGGUAACGAAAGUUACAUUGCAACGAGUAGCCCGUGGAAAAAAUAAGUCCGUUACAGUGAUUAAAGGGCUGGCUUCAUUUGAUGUGGAUUUGAAAGCUACCGCUAAAUUGUUUGCUGGACGUUUUGCAUGUGGUUCAUCGGUAACAGCAACUGAUGAAAUAGUGGUGCAAGGUGAUGUAAAGGAUGAAAUAUUAGAAAUAAUAGGGACGAAGUGGCCAUAUAUUGAUCCGAAUUUAAUUGAAGAUCUUGGUGAUCAAAAACGUUAAGUAUGAGAUAACUUUAAGUGGUUUGACCAACAUAUUACAUUCAUUUCCGUUAUCAGUUUGAUGAUUUUCUCUUCGCGUUUCUGUAUUGACGCUGAUGCGCGAUCUUAUCGGUAAUAAUUUAAUAAAUGUUAUGCACAGAUUUGUAAAUGUUCGCUUUUUUGAAUUUCCUCAAGAUUCUUGAUCUGAAAUGCAUUCUUGUGUUCAUUUGACUGCUAUAUUAUUCGGUAAAUUUUAUGAAUUUUAUGCAUUUAAAAGUUAUUCCACAUGGUGGCUUGUUGAAAUAUUCUAUUCUUGCCCGUGUUUGUGAGAUUAUUUUCAAGUGUGUAAUAUCUAUAAUUUGGAGAAGUUACAAUGAAAAACAUAUUCAUGAAUGGAAGGAUUUCACUUGAUUCUAUACUGUAAUUUAGGUCUGUAUUUAGAUCUGCAUAUGGGUGCUUUCGUCUUUAUAUAUUACCAGUAUGCCGUCAAAAUGGAGUGGGUAGCUUAGUUUUCUAAACCAAGAAAGGCUUUCGAUCCCAACAAAGCAAGUGCAAGGAUUUUCCUUGCUGACUGUAGAAGUUUCUG